AUGGAAAUGUGCGAGCGGAGCAGCUAUGUGGGCUCUCUGCUGAAUUUCGCUACUCCAGACUCGCUGUAUUUCUCCAACCUGCGGGGCAAUGGAGCCCAUUUACCCGCGCUUCAUCACCUCCCUUACAACAGGAGAGAUGUGUGCACGCUCCCUUGGAACUCAUCAAGUUCGUGCACGUCUCCGCCUGCAACGCCACCACAGAGCCGCGCUUUCGGAGGCUACUGUCCGCCGUUUCUGUCCAACUCAGUGUCUAUAAAUCCACCCAGCGGCCGCGUCAAAGUGCAUUUGGAGGAACUGGCUCCCUGUUUCCAGGGCGCAAUCCGCAAGACGGAGGAGUCCGGCAGACAAGAUGAGGUUUACGCAGGAGACCACGGUGAUCGCGGAUACUCGCUGUUGGACAGCCGGCUGCAGGGCUCUGCGUCUCAGCUUGAUCUGGAUUCAGCAGCGCCGCCGCUGAACUUGAACAGCGCCAAAGAGACGCACAAUCCUGUGCCACAAGGUCACACAUGCUCCAGGACGACGUUUGCAGACGGUGCCCCCUGGUGCUCGUCACAACCGAAAAGCAGAAAAAAGAGGAAGCCUUACUCCAAGCCGCAGCUGGCUGAACUUGAGAAUGAAUUCAUGAUGAAUGAGUUCAUCAACAGACAGAAAAGAAAAGAGCUGUCGGACAGACUGGACCUGAGCGACCAGCAGGUGAAAAUAUGGUUUCAGAACCGGAGGAUGAAGAAGAAACGGCUGAUGAUGCGCGAACAGGCCUUUUCCGCUUUCUGAUCAUCACCUUUGGACUUGAUCGUGACGAAAAUUUCCAAAACAUUAUUGGCUGUCUCUUUGGUGCAUUGUUUGUAUUUAUAUUUGUAAAUGUUGAUAUACAGUUUAAAACAAAUUAUUGCGCAUUAAAUAGCGCACUGCACAUUGACAAAUCGAUUUUGGAGUCUCCAAAUCUGCAGCAGGCUAAAGGCCUUAUAUGUCUGCUGAAUUCGGCCGG